CUAAUUUUUACAAAGUGAAUCAGGAAAUCUAGCUUUGCAGAUCAGAGCAAAAUUGUAAAAUGUCGCUGUUACUUGGUGGAUCAUCCAGUGCGCGCAAUUCAAGUGGUGAAGACAGUAAUUCAAGCUUCCAGACAAACUCUGAUCACGAGCGACCCGAGAUUCUCCCUCUAUCAUUAAUUCUACUUUUAUCCCUCGUGUGCCUGCUGGUUGUUAUAGUCAAUAGCUUCGUCAUGUUCUUACUUCACAAAAAGAGAACACUGCGAACUCUCCGCACCAACAUGUUCCUUGGAUCGCUGGCAAUUUCAGAUUUGUUGUCUGGUCUAGUAGGAAUUCCUCUUUUCGCUAUUUGUUUGGAUACAGAUAUUAUAGACGUUUGCGUGUCCUCUACAAUUUUCAUUCGAUUUACAGCCAUUUCCUCUGUCUGCCAUGUUCUACUAAUCGCAGUGGAUCGUUAUAUAUUUAUAGUUCACUAUAUGGAAUACCAUGGUCUUGUAACGAAACGACGAGCACUCUUCGCCAUUGUUACUGUUUGGCUUUUUUCUUCGGUGGCUUCCGUCAUUCAGUUGUCUUGGUAUAUUUUUUAUCAAGUUGCUGUUACAGACUCCGAAAACAUCACAAAUGAAUUUAAUAAACACUACAGCCUAGCUUGUCUCGUAAUUUUCUUUGCUCUGCCUCUUUUGUCUAUGUGCAGCAUUUAUGGCCGCAUUUUCUACAUUUCAGUCAAGCGUAAAAACAGUCAUCAUAAAAUGAGUAACAUUGUUCAACAGCCCUGUCAACCUCAAAGUCAUGAAUGGCGGGGCCGUAGUGUGUUGGUAAUCGCGAUUGUAAUUUUCGCAAGCUGUUGGUUGCCGUAUUUCGUCGCGAUGCUGAACGACCACAUGAAUGAUUCUGAAAAUACGACCAUGCAACUGCAUAUGCAGCGUCUGUUGGUAUUUGUGGGGCUCAUUCCUCCCAUAUCAAACCCGAUUUUGUGCACACUAGCUAAAAAGGAUUUUCGUCGAGCACUAAAAGAAUUAUUAUUGAGACGGAAAACGAAUAUGCCCGCUGCAGUUGUGGUACACCGUGAACAAAUAUGCUUAUAAAUUCUUACAACUUGACUCUGUAUGUCAAUUAUUGUCGCAGGGUGAGCGAUGCCUUUUAAACAUAUUAUCAGAUAAUCGAAUCAAACUUAACAAUUUCUUUCUCAGAUGAGUUCCAAUGAAGA